ACAAAGUAGCUUGGCGUAAAACAGGCCAAAAUUUUAACAAAUACUCGUCUCUAGUGGAUAAAUUGCUGAAUUAGAGAGUUUGUAACGAUCCAACCCACUAUGCCUCCUGUAAAAACCGAUGGCGAUAGUGAUGGGGAUGGUGAUUUGUCUGGGGCAGAGUCGGAGCAUUCCGGAUCCAGUCAAGGGCAGGACCAUGAUUCCAGUGCGGAGGAAGCGGACGAACCGGAUUCGGACGAUUCCUCAGAAAUGUCCGAAGGGGAAUGCGAACGAAGGCGUACCAGUUGCCAGGACAAUUUAACGAGCCUGGAAAAACAGUUCGGCAUCCUGAAGGAACAACUGUACAAGGAACGCAUGGUGCAGGUUGACCAUAAGCUGCAGCAAAUCCGGGGCGGCCGAUUACAGGAUUACGUUAUACCGUUGCAGCAACUGCAAAAUAACAUGGACAGUCGGAAGGAGGUGGCUGAGGUGAUGAAGAAAUACCGUGUCAAUAACAUUAAGAACAAGUUCGAAUCAGAACUACAAGCAUGCUAUCAACAUUUUGAGAGUGAACAAAAUCUCGCUAAUGAUGGCAUUUGCGAUGAACUGAUGGAGAAGGUGCGCCGUUUGGAGGAGGAUCGCCACAAUGUGGACAUAUCGUGGGCCGACUGGGGCACCAACACGCGAACGGCAAAGGUCCGGGGCCCGGGACGUAAGAAGGCCGUAACUGUGUCUGGGCCCUACAUCGUGUACAUGUUACGCGAGGAGGAAAUUCUCGAGGACUGGACAUCGAUUCGGAAAGCGCUGAAACGUUCGACCGCUGCCGCUACCUGAUAUUUAUUACAGUAAGAACUUACUCAUGUGUACAGUUUACGCCAUUCGUCAGAUAGUAUCGCUUCUGCCCUCCGUUUGGUUUCGAGUGUCUAUCAAGUCGCGGAAUCGCAAAAACUUACGUACGGAUUUUGCAUGUGUGUAUAUUCAUUUUUUAAUAUGCCGUUUCUUGUAACGAAAUAAGCUGAACCUAUUUGUAAGGCAAAUAUUAAAUUUAAGAUGG